GUAUGGCAGAGCGCAGGUAGGCGGAAAUGAGCUUGGAGGAGUUUUUUUUAGGGAGUGUAAACACAGUAAACAGUAUGAGCUGCUGAGGGUUUGAGGGGGGCAUAUUUAGAUUAUUUAGUUUACUGUUUAUCUCCAACACGCUCGCGCGUUUCCACAGGAAGGAAGAGCGCGAGAGGAAAAGCACUGAGAGGCUGGGUGGCGUCCAGUUUACAGUACACACACGGAGCUACACACCCCACAGAGUUGCGGUUAGGCUUAGUUUAGCCUUUUUUUAAAGCUCGUUUCCCUCAGUAUCCCUCAGUGUUCUACAGAGAGGAGUCUGGACUGGUCUGCUGAAGAGCUGGAACUGGAGGAACAGAGCUAAGAACCGGUGAAACUGGUGAAACUGGGAUAUUUUAAAGUGGUGGAGUGUCCCAUCAAGGCUGAGAAAUGGGCCGUGUUGACCUUGAUGAAGAGGCCGGUUUUCCUAUCAAUCGAGACCAGCAGCAGCAGGAGGAGGAGGAGGAGGAGGAUGAGCAGCAGCAGCAAGAAGAGGACGAGCCGGCAGGGGAGCAGAAAGGAUGCUGCGACAGGUUCCACUACCAUGUCUCGAGAUGGAUGCUGCCAGAAGAUCUGCGAGAAACAUAUUUGGAACGUGCCAACUGCCUGCCACCCCCGAUCUUCAUCAUCCUCAUCAGCAUAGGAGAGUUGGCAGUUUUUAUCUAUUAUGCGGUGUGGAAGCCUCAGAAACAGUGGGUGACGCUGGAUCAAGGCAUCUGGAACAGUCCCCUCACUUACAAACCCGAAAUGCGUCAGGAGGCGUGGCGCUUUCUGUCAUACAUGUUUGUGCAUGCUGGAAUACAGCAUAUAGUUGGGAAUCUGGUGCUGCAGCUGCUGCUGGGCAUCCCACUGGAGUUGGUCCACAAGGGCUUUGAGGUGGGGAUGGUCUACCUAGGCGGCGUUCUUGCAGGUUCCCUGGCCAGCUCCAUUUUUGACCCAUACAGUGCUCUGGUAGGCGCCUCCGGAGGAGUCUACGCUCUCAUUGGUGGAUACCUCAUGAAUGCCUUGGUGAACUUUAGGGAGAUGAUUCCUCUGCUGGGAAUUUUCCGCAUCCUGGUGAUCGUCAUUAUCGUGGGGACAGACGUAGGCUUUGCUCUGUACAGAAGAUUUCUGAGUACUGAGGCUGGAUUGAAGGUGUCGUUCGUGGCCCACAUAGGUGGAGGAGUAGCAGGCAUGACCAUCGGCUAUGUUUUCUUCACCAACUACAACCAGAAACUUCUGAAAGACCCUCGCUUCUGGUUCUGCAUCGUGGGCUACAUCGUCUUCCUGGUCUUCGCAGCUUUGUUCAACAUCUUCCUCUCUCCAGCUCCUCACUAAGGAGGUGCCUACCUCACAGCCAAGAUGUUCAGGGUCCAAUGUAAGUGCCUUUGUGUGCAGGUUUAGGCUGUUUGUUUUUAAAAUUAUAGUUUGGUGUAAAAAAAGGACACAUUAUUUCCCCUGAACUCAAGCACAGUCCAAUUGUUUUCAGAAAUUAAAUCACAGGUUUAGUUUCAUAUCGACUAUGAUGCCAGUGCAUGUGUCUGUAUGUAUGUCCUCAAGUUUUUGCUUCAGAUUGAUAAGGGUCUAUGCUGAGUUUUUGAAAUGUCCAGGUAUAAAAUGAAUUUACAGACUUCAAGUUUGUAUAUAAAAGGCCCAGGCCCAGAUAAUACUAAUAAAUACAUAAAUAUCAAUUAAAUAAUAAAUUACAUUUAGUUUGGAUUAGUUUAAUUUGGCCUUCUAUCAAGUAGGGCUGCAAUUAGUCAAUUAAAUUGACAGUCUUGAUUCAUCACACUACACAAAGUGCUGGGCACUGAACCGCAGUGGGAAAGGGGUAAUUGGCUCCAGUCUCCAAUAGUGCACGAACACAACAGGUUACAUAUUUAUUCACUAAAUAUCAGUGCUUUCCAUCAUCAUCUUGGCAUUUAAAUGGAAUUUAAAUUUCAGAAUAUCUAUUAAGUGCAACUUAACUCCAAGCUGAAUGUAAAUGAUUCUUAAUGUUUGUUUUAACCUUAAAUCAACCUUAAAAACUUUACCCAAGUCCUACCAUUAACCUAAAACUUCCAUUUAAACCAUAAAUCUAUUUCUUAAAGCUUAAAUUUACGUUGUAGGAUUACGGUUAGGUGUAGGGUUACAUUCUAUAGAGAAUCGUUAACAUUAACCUAAGAGUUUAGUUGCAUUUAAUUGACGUUAAGUCGGGUGUUGAAUGUUAGUUAAGCAUAUAUGAGGCAUCAAAAAUGGGCCAUUCCAAGUGAAGUGUUACAGAUUUUGGAAGAGUAUUGUGUAUGAACCAAUACACAAAGUUUAUGUAUUGGUAUUGUCACUGAAAGGCAGAUACUUGAGCUGAGAAUCUUCAUUUUAUAACAUCUCUGUAUUGAGUACCGAUACCAGCUCUGACUUAACUACGCGAUAGGUGCCUUAAAAUGAUAUUUACAUAUCAGUGUUCCAUUUCUUAUAGGAUUUAUUUUGGUAAAAGCAGUAUUAUGUAUUCCAAAUAAAAUAUAAUAAGCUUGCAAGAACAGCAUUUACUUGUUUGAGUAACCGCACACUUGAAAGUUAUGAAAAAAAUGAGAGUUAAGAAAAAAUAAGAAAUUCCCCAAUGCAGGCAAAAUGUCAUAAUGCCCAAUAAUCACACACUAUGGGCAUCCUGCUGGAUUCAGUCAACUAUCUUCAUUAUUGCUGAUACAAAUGCUGUGUUUAAGGUGCCAGUACUGGCACCAAUCCAAUAACCAAGAAGCAUACACUGUGCCUGUAAUUAUGUCUAGUUUUAUAUAUUGAAUCUUUGAGUUGAGGGGAACAUUGUCAAAUAUUUUUUUUUGCCAAACUAUUCUUUUUUUUUUUUUUUUUUAGCCUACAUCUGUUAAAUGCUUGAGAUCUUUGAAGUGAGUCGAAUUUUCAGAUAAUCCUGAAUUUUCAGGUUCGUAUUACACCGGUCAACAUACCUCAACAGAACAUUUAAUGUUACAGUUUUGGCAAAAUACACUUUAGCAUAUUUGGGUAUUUUUCAUUUUUUAUUUUUUAUUUUUUUUUUUCAUUUUUUUCAUUAAGCUCUAUAUGUAAAAAAAACGCUAAAACUAAAACAAUCCAUUUACAAUUUUUUUACUUUGUCUAUUAUUGGUUUUAUUUUGGCUGGC